AUGUUUUCCAUUCGUGUCCCGUUAUCAUCAUUGCCAAGGGUAGUGGCAAAAUUUCAGUGUCUACAAGGGGUGAGUGUUAAUAUUUUGCCUAGCUCAGUUUAUCAUCAUUUUGGGUUUGGAGAAUUGAAGCCUACAGAGAUUAUUCUCCAACUUGCUGACUAUUCCAUUAAAGUGCAUAGAGGUUUCAUUGAGGAUGUGCUAGUUAAAGUAGAUGAGCUCUAUUUUCCUGUGGAUUUCCUAAUCCUUAACAUGGAAUCACCAACUAAUGGAAAACCACAGUUGAUUAUCUUAGGACAUCCAUUCUUGACUACUGCCAAUGCAUGCAUCAACUGUAGAUCAGGUGCAAUGGAUAUUUUCUUUGGUAAUAAAAAGCUUCGAUUGAACAUCUUCAAUGCUUCUUUAGGGCCCCAACAUGAGGAAGAAUGCUUCUCCGUUGAUGUUAUAGAUGAGGUAGUAGCAGAGUGUACACUAGUGACGUUAGCAGAUGAUCCAUUGCAGCAAUAUCUGACCUUAUUUAGAGAUGAUGAUUUCUAA